AUGCAAAAACUUAACAAAUUCACAAGUCUCUACAAGACUCAAGCACUUUUCCAAGCCAACAGAGCAAUGUUCUCUGCUGCAGUUGUAAAUAAGGCAAACCCAUUAGACCCUUCAAGUUAUGGUCCAAAGCUAGAUGAUUUCCAAGAGCCAAGAUUUCUCGAACAAGUCAAGCUAUUCUUUGACGGCGCUGCUUCCAAGACUGACGUACCAAAAGAAUACUUAGACUUGAUCAAGGCUUGCAACACUGUGAUUAGAUUCAACAUUCCACUUAGAAGAGACAAUGGCAAAGUUGAUACAAUUACUUGCUAUAGAGCUCAACACAGUCAUCACAGACUACCAGUCAAGGGAGGUACCAGAUACUCACCAGACAUUGAUCUAUAAGAAACAGAAGCCCUCGCAUCUCUCAUGACCUUCAAACUCGCAAUUGCUGAUGUACCCUUCGGAGGAGCCAAGGGAGGUAUUAAGAUCGACCCAAGAAAGCUCAGCAAGGGAGAGUUAGAGAGAGUAACUAGAAGAUAUACCAUGGAACUCAUCAAGAAGGGAUUCAUUGGUCCAGCCAUUGAUUGUCUAGGACCAGAUAUGGGAACUAACGAGCAAAUUAUGACCUGGAUUAAGGAUACCUACGUGUCCGUUAAGGGAGAGCAAGACAUCAACGCUGAGGGUUGCUGCACAGGCAAGUUCAUCUCACAAGGAGGUAUUGCUGGUAGAACUGAGUCAACAGGAUUAGGUGUUUACUACGGUUUAAGGGAAUUGAUGAAGUUUGAGAGCUUUUAUAACAAAAUUGGUUUGACCAAAGGUCUUGCAGGCAAGACUUUUGUUAUGUAAGGCUUCGGUAAUGUCGGAUACUGGGCUGCUAAAUUCUUCCACGGAGAUGGUGCCAAGAUUACCACUAUCAUUGAGUACAACUCAGCCAUCCACAAUUCUGAUGGUUUCGAUCCAGAUCACGUCAAGAAGUACUUCCAAGAAAAAGGAACUCUUGAAGGAUAUCCACUCGCUAAAGAGACUGAAACUAAGAACCCAUUCGCAUUCAUGGAAAAAGAAUGUGACUUCCUCGUUCCAGCUGCCGUUGAAAAAUCAAUUCACAAAGGUAAUGCCCCCAACCUUAAAUGCAAGGCAGUUGUUGAGGGUGCUAAUGGCCCAACCACAUAUGCUGGUGAGUAAGAACUAACCAAGAGAGGUAUUGUCGUCUGCCCAGAUCUUCUCAUGAACGGAGGUGGUGUCACCUGCUCUUACUUCGAGUGGUUGAAGAAUAUUGACCACGUCAGCCCAGGUAAGCUGGUCAAGAAAUACGAAGAGAAGCAACAAAAGAAACUCUUAGAGAUGAUGGGAUUCAAGGGAGAUAACGACAGUAUUAAGGGUGCUGAAGAAAUCGAUAUUGUGUACUCAGGUCUUGAGGAAAUUAUGACAACUGCUUGCAAAGAGAAUUGGGAUUUCGCUACAAAGAAAGGAUUCACCUUCCGUGAAGCAUGUCUUAUCAACGCUAUCAACAAGGUCUACAACUGCUACAAAGAAUGCGGUAUCACCAUCUGA